CUCUCCUCCUUUACCUAGAAUGGCAUCUAUAUUCCUCCAGUUGUUGCCAGUCCUUCAUGUAUCUAUACAAUUCAUAAUCGGAUCGUACCAUUUGUCAUUGUAGUGUAAACACGUGCUAUUAUUCGGAGUAGAUGCAUAACGUAUAAUUAUUUUUCCAGAAAUUAACGAGAGAUCAAGACUAUACGACGUGAUCCUAAGUGAUUGAAUAAAAAUACGAGACUAGAAAGGAAAAUAUAAUUUAUAAGAGAUAUAUUAAGAGAUUCACACAAACAAGUUGGUUAACAUUCGUUGCAUUUAUAUUAUUGUUCCUUCACGCAUUCCCGACUCACUGAAUACUGAUCUCUCACUCGGAUAUCUUCGAAAGCUAUAUAUACAAAGCGUAGGCUGUGAUAUACAAAUCGAGAAUUUCCAAAACAUAUUCUAUUAAGAACGUUUAAAAUAUUUGCUGCACUGCUGAAUAAAACGAGAACGAUUAUGUGAUACAAAAAAUUUGUUUAUUAUGACAAAAUAUUUUAAUGCUGUCGCAAAUAUACUUCGACGAACACGAUAAGAAAGAUGAUAAAUGACUACUUAUUAAUUAUAUAUCUGUGAUUCUUCAUUCAUUCCACAUAAAGAUAUAUAUUUAAAAUAAAUAUAUAAAAUACAAAAGAGCAAGAAAUUAAAAUGAAGACAUCCUGGUUUCCUCGUCUAAUUGCUCAUCAUCCAUAUAUUAUUUUGAUGGUGAUUUUUGCAUUUUCGUCAAUAUGUCUAAUUAUUCCUCUUACAACUAAAAAGCUUCCAGAUUUUUCAGAUCCUCAAAUGGGCUUUGAGGCAAGAGGUUCAGUUUUAGCACAAAGGCUCACAGCUUGGCAUAAUUUAAUAGAGGAAGCUACAAAAACAAGAGGAGAACUUACUGGUAAUCCUUUGGAAUAUCAUCAAUACCUACGUCAACUAAAUCAACAGUCUAGUAUGCAUCAACAAAACCAUAGUUUGUCUACUUCGGGUAUUCUGAAAAUAAAGUCAAAAGAUAAAAAUAAACAAAAAGAACAAAAACAUCCAAAGCUAUUAAAUAUCACAAGCUUGAAAGAAACAAGCGAUGAGAAUAAAGAUAAAUGGGGCGAAUUAAGAGAAUUGAAGGAUGAGGAUGAUAUGGAUAUUAUGGAUGACAAGAAUCGCAAUCAUUUUGAUAAUGAUUUUUUUUGCAAUUUACCAACAUCUUCAUACGCUCGUGUUGUAAUUGCUGUGGAUUCUGAAGAGAAAAAUUUGUGGUCUAUGGAAGGCAUAUUAGCUCAAUGUCAUAUUGAUGAUGUCCUUCGUGCAAAUGCUCAUUUUUCAUCUCUUUGUCAGACAGAAGAGCAUAAUAGUCAUAAAUGUUGCAGAAGUUGGUCACCAGCCAACUAUGUAGCUCUCUUGUCGAACCGCUCUUCUUGUCUUGGAGUAACAGAAAAUGAUCUGAGUAGAGUGAAAACGCUUUUGCAACAAUGUGCUUCUUAUUAUCAUAAUCAUAAAUUAUUGCCUAACUGUGCAGAAGAUUUCGAUUGCCAAAAAGAUGUGCCAACUGAAUGUUACAUGAGAAAUGCAGCCUAUCAUUUGCUACACUAUCUUUUGGAUGUUAAUUUUAUUCCGAAGAUAGAACCGAAAAAUAAACAAAAUUUGACAUUGCAGUCUGCCAUGUUAUUUCUUCCGAUUGCGGCAAGCUCUGCAGCUAUAGAUUUUUAUAAAGCGAUAGAGAACGAUGAUUUAAUGUACGGAAACUUUCGUGUUCAAGGCAUGCAACUUGGCCUAAAAAGUACAUUAUUUGACAGACUAUUAAUAUCUGAUGCAAGUUUAGUACUUGCUGGUUUUCUCUUUGUUACUCUUUGCAUUUUGGCUUACACUGGCUCUAUAGUGUUGACCAUAACUACAAUUUUCGCAGUGAUUUUUAGUCUUGGUAUUUCAUACGCAGUGUACACUUUGGUCUUACGUAUUGAGUUCUUUCCGUUUAUGAAUAUUAUGGCUAUUGUUGUUGCUGUAGGCAUUGGAGCAGAUGAUGCAUUCAUAUAUUGCAAAGUAUGGGAAUCUGAAAAGCAGCAGAAGCUUUCAAAUGGUGGAUUAGUACAUUUAGUACAAACAACAAUGAAACAUGCUGUUCCAUCUAUGUUUGUAACAUCUCUUACUACUGCAGUAGCUUUCUUUGCAUCAAUUAUUAGCAAUGUUACUUCUAUAAAUUGUUUCAGUUUAUUUGCAGGCAUAACAGUUAUUGUUAACUUCUUCUUGAUGAUCACAUGGUUACCAGCAUGUGUGGUUGUGUCAGAGCAUUGUAAAUUCGCUACUUUAUCGCCUCUCAAUUUUAUUACCAGAAAGAUUAUUCGUCCCCUACAAUCCUUAGGAGACAAAGUAACAAAAGGAUUUACGGCCUUUCUUACUGGAAUAGUAAUUAGUUUACGAUGGUUGUUGUUGCUGAGUUUGGGAACUAUCGCAAUAAUAUGCUGUAUUAUCGUUUUCCAUCAUCCGGGUCUACAAGUGCCGGAUUAUAUUGAUUUUCAGUUGUUCCAUAAUACACAUCCAUUUGAGCGAUAUGAUUUAAAAUAUUCGCAAAAAUUUUGGUUUGAACGAUAUGAAAUGAUUGGUAGUGGUGGUGACGUUGAUGAUGACGUUGGUGGUGACGGUGGUGGUGAAGUUUUACCAUUGAGAUUUGUAUGGGGUAUAAAACCGACCGACAAUGGCGAUUAUCUUAAUCCUCGCGAAAAAGGAACACUAGACUAUGAUACAUCAUUCGAUAUAUCGAAUCCAAAGUCACAAAAAUGGCUCGACCGAUUUUGCAAAGAUUUACGAAGUCAACCGUUCUAUCGUAGUACUUCGGGACCUAUGUUACUAAAUUGUUUCAUCGAACCGUUAUAUGAGUGGAUGAAAAGACGUUGUAAAAGUCCCAUUAAACCAUAUGUCGACGAAAACUUGCCAUGCUGCGAAAGUAACAUGUUUCCAUAUAAACCCAGUAUCCUGCAACAGUGCGCGGCUGAAUUGAGUAUGAAGAUAUAUAACACGCCUCAUAAGUGGAUUCAGAACAAUCCAGUUUUUGCAGGUCCAAAAUUUUUCAAUGACCCAUUUUUUUCUUCGAACGAUACACUUUCAGUUAAAGUAACGCCUAAGAUUAAAGCGCUUAUUGUUGAAUAUGAUAGUACUUACGCGUAUACUCUCUCGUUUGCGAAGAUGGAUAAAUUUUUUCAUCAGGUUGAAAGUUGGAUGCAAGAUCAAUUACGAAGUGCGCCCAGAGGCAUGAGAGGUGGAUGGUUCAUUAGUAGACUUGAAUUUUACGAAUUGCAGCGCACUUUGUAUGAAGGCACCAUAUGGACAAUGGGAGUAUCGUUAGCUUUGGCUCUAAUAGUAUUAGUGAUGGUCACUUUAAACCCCCUUGUCAGUCUAUACGCCAUUGUAACUGUUGGUGCUACUAUAAUAGUAACUGUCGCUAUACUUAUUCUUUUUGGUUGGAAACUUGAUGUCUUGGAAAGUGUUGCAAUAUCCACUGCUAUAGGACUUGCUGUAGACUUUAGUUUGCAUUACGCUGUAAGUUAUAGAACAUGUAUUUUUGAGAAAAAAAUAGAUAGGGUAAGAGCAGCGCUGGAGAAAAUGGGUGGUCCAACUCUUAUGGCAGCAAUCACAAGCGGAGCUGCUGGUGCUUUAAUGUUACCUUCUCAUGUAUUGGCAUAUAUACAAAUUGGUAUUUUUUUGCUGCUCGUGAUGAGCAUAAGUUGGAUAUAUGCCACGUUGUUCUUAUGCUCGAUGUUAGCGAUAAUAGGACCAUCUUCUCGUUUUGCUCAGUUUGAAUAUUCCAGAGCAGAUCAUAAAUCUCUCGGAGGACUCGGUACGAGUCGCUGGUUGGAAGCACUUUGGGAACCAAGUGCAGGUUUAUUUGCUUUGCCAGGUGGACUUGAUAUGUUAGAUAUAAGUGGCGAUGGAGAUGCUAGGCUCAUUUGUGCUGAUUUAGGACCAGUAGGAGAUGACUCGACAAAGAUACGAGUAUAUAAAGGAGGUGAUCAAGUAACUGAACAUAACAUGAUGGAUCCACCUUGUGGUGUAGUUGGUUUUUAUACAGAAAAUGGAGAACAUCGCUCGUCUGUAAUAGCUGUAGGAGCUGGGGCCAGUGUAUAUAUUUUCAAAAAUAUGAGACCCUUUUUCAAGUAUUGUCUGCCACACAUUGACGCUCAUCCAAAAGAACGAGAGAUUUGGCAUAAAUGCGGAUUGGAUGAGGAAAUAAAUGUGCUGACACUUGUGGAUGAUUUGGAACUAUUGCUAAAAGAACUCGGUGCAUCAUAUCUUUCACCUCGCACAUUAAAAUUUCUGUCUCUGGACAAUAAUUUACGAUUGAGCUUUGUCGAGCAGUAUAGAAGGCUACCGCUUGUCAAAGUCAAUGCUCUAACAACAAUUGCAAUCAUCCGGAGGGAUUCAUGGAAUGAUCCCGCCAGUAGCUGUUUAAUAUUAGGAACUGAGGUUGGCGAAGUUCUCAUUUUGGAUCCUAGAGCUUUUUCAAUCAUGGAUAAACAUCAGUUAGAGUGGCCACCAGUGUCAUUUGCCAGUUGUGGUUUAUGGACUGGUGAUGGUCGCAUAAUGGUCAUCGGAAGGGAUGGAAAAAUAGGAGCAAUUAGAAGAGGAAGUCCUGUAAAACUUUGGGAACCAUUGCCAGCACCAGCAGUAGCUAUUUCCAUUCUUACUUCUGAAGGUGCUGCAGUAGCUGUUAUGGAUGGUACUUUAGUAGGAUUUUCAAAAAGAGGAAUUAAAUUAUGGUAUAUCAGUAUUCCUGGCAUGAUAUUAGAUUUAGUGAGUUUACCAGUACCGCAAAGUGGACUAUCGUUAUUAGCUGUAAGCACAGCAGGCUAUGGAGUACGCAUUUAUGAUGGAAAACAUCAUGUGGAUACAGUGAAAAUUAUGGAACCUGUAUCUGCUCUUAAGUAUGGACGAAUGGGACAAGAGGAACGAACAAUAGCUAUGAUUACUGUCGGCGGAGGUUUAUGUAUGAAGAUAUUAAAACGCACUGCUGAUUUCAAUGUGAACAAUUCAAUAUCAAAUUCGUCAUCAUGCAAUACAUCCAAGUUCUCUAUACCAAAAAAAACACGAUUAUUUGUCGAUCAAACGAUAAGAGAGAGAGCCGAAGCGAAGAAAAUUCAUAACACCUUUCAGCAAGGCUUUCUUCGUUUACGUUUAACAACUGCUAAACGAGCAUCCGAAAAUUUAAGCGAAACUCAAGUAACAGGACCAAAUCCUAUUACAUUGGAAGCAAAUGUCCUCGGUUUGGGUCCCAAUUACAUGAUUCGAAUUAUAGUAACAAAUAUCUCUGAAGGUUUAUCAUAUACAGAAUUGUAUCUUCUCUGUAGACCCGAGGAUACUGAUGUGAAUCCUCGUGUGAUAGAUUUGCCUUUGUUACCCAGUGCUAUACCUAUACCUAUAACUGUUAGCGCGAACUUAAAAGGCCAAAUAUCGGGAAAGAUUAAGAUAUUACUAUGCAAAAAAUCAAAUCCAAAACCUUUAGCUGUAACGACUGUAAUUUUGCCAGCUGCUGAAGAAGAUUUUGAAAUCUAAAGAAUACAGUUAUAUAAAUUUUAAAUAAAAAUUGUCAUGUGUUAUCACUUUUUAGA